GUCGCCUCAAAAUGGCCAAAUCACAACAUCAAGCCCAAGCUACCCACCGGCUGCACCAGCUCCCAUUCCUUGCCGGCGAGCUUACCGGACACCGCCCAAAGCCAAGAUGACCACUUCCAGGCGCCUUGCUGACAGGAAGACGGCAAAGUUCCAGAAGAACAUCACCAAGAGGGGUUCAGUGCCUGAAACCACUGUGAAGAAGGGGAAUGACUAUCCUGUUGGACCUAUAGUUCUUGGAUUCUUCAUCUUUGUGGUCAUCGGAUCAUCUCUGUUUCAGAUAAUCAGGACAGCGAGCAGUGGUGGGAUGGCCUGAACACCGUCAUACAUUAAUACAGUUGCAGCUAAAUUUGUUCGAUGUUGUCAUAGUUUGUCUUCUUAAAAGCACUUAGUUUGAACUGAUGCUGUAAGAACUGUAAACAGAGCUAUCAAUCUUAUAAAUGUUAAAUGGACAAGUUUGCCUA